AAAGCAUCUCCCCAGUGAGUCGGUAUCGACGCAUAGAGCAGCUGAGUUUACGGUUGCAGCCUCUGAGGUACAAAAAAACGGGGCAAUAAUCCAAUAGAAACAUGAAUAAUAUUACAACUAUAGCAUUGACAAGCAGUUCAUAUGGUGCGCCUGUUGCAGUAAUAUUGGAUCCUGGUGUAUCUAACUUGUGCUCAGUUUAUGGUACUGGCAUUAGUGUCCUGUGAAAUCCAGAGGCGCCUUCCUCAAAACCGGAACAGGUGGCAAGCCUAGCUGAGUACAAUUACGGGAUGAAUCAAUGAGGUCAAGCCCUGUGUCUCCAGUAGUAUGGCUGGAUGGAUCCGGCGUCUUCUAGAAAGACGCAAGAGAGACUCUUUUUCCAAGACAACCAAUCCGAGCUCUUCCCAGGGGACAGCCUCCUCCCACUCCGCCUCAUCUUCCUCCAGCCGCUCCCGGCGCCCGGACCUCAGCAGCGGUGCCCGCUGGAGCCGACUGUACGACCUGUGUGUGUGCCACAGCGAGGAGGACAUCUCCGAGGCCCAGCUCCUCGUCUCUUACCUGGAGAGCCAACCCGAGGGCUUGCGCUGCUUUCUGAUGCUCCGCGACUCCAACCCGGGGGGUUCCAUUCCCUCAGAGCUGUGUCAGGCCGUGCAGAGCAGCCACUGCUGGGCUUUGCUCAUCACCCGCAGCUUCCUGUUGGACCCCUGGUGUAAGUACCAGAUGCACCAGGCUCUGGUUGAGGCGCCCAUGGCAAAUGGAAGGACCAUCCCUGUGCUUCACCGGCUGCAGCGCAGCGAGUACCCCAAGGAGCUGCGCUUCUACUACUACAUCGACAUCACUGCAGACCAGCAGCGAGGCUUCCAGCAGGUCCACAGGACUGUGCUGCACUACCUAGAGGAGCUGUGCCAAGUGGACAGCAGCAAGCUCAGUAGUCCGAGCAGCGUGGACACUGAGACGGGGGUCAGCGAGGAGGGACACAGGACUACACACUCUGAACUGUCCAGCACUGACUCGGGAUAG